CGCCACGAACCGGUACAGUUUGGACAAGUGCUCCAACGGGCAUCAAACGUUUUGCGACAACCAGUGACAACCGAAGCGAAAAUGCGCGCGUUCGUGUGCAUGCUGUUGGCGGCCAUGGCCGUGGCAGUGAGCGGCCAGUUCGAUACGCACCAGUGGGGCGAUCGCAGCGGCAUCGUGCAUCUGUUCGAGUGGAAGUGGAACGACAUUGCGGCGGAGUGCGAGAACUUCCUCGCGCCGAACGGGUACGCCGGCGUGCAGGUGUCCCCGCCGACCGAGAAUGCGGUCGUGUGGAGCCCGCGCCGCCCGUGGUGGGAGCGCUACCAGCCGAUCUCGUACAACCUGAACACCCGCUCGGGUAGCGAGACCGAGUUCGCGAACAUGGUGCGCCGCUGUAACGCGGUCGGCGUGCGCAUCUACGUCGAUCUGGUCAUCAACCACAUGGCGGCGAUCAGCACGAACGGCGGUACGGGCGGUUCGUCGGCCAACGCCGGCGCCAUGCAGUUCCCGGCGGUGCCGUACGGUCCGAACGACUUCAACCCGGUGUGCACGAUCACCAACUACAACGAUCCGAUCAUGGUGCGCAACUGCCAGCUGGUCGGACUGCCCGACCUGAACCAGGGUAACAGCUGGGUGCGCGACAAGAUCGUCGAGCUGAUGAACAAGAUGAUCAACUACGGUGUCGCUGGGUUCCGUGUCGACGCGGUCAAGCACAUGUGGCCCGGCGAUCUGCAGGCCAUCUACAGCCGCAUGGCCAACCUGCCGACGUCGCACGGCUUCCCGCCGAACGCACGGCCCUUCAUCACGCAGGAGGUGAUCGAUCUGGGCGGCGAGGCGAUCAGCAAGAACGAGUACACGCACCUCGGCACGGUGACGGAGUUCCGCUUUUCGGCCGAGAUUGGCAAGGCUUUCUACGGGCGCAAUCAGCUGCGCUGGCUCGCGAACUGGGGCCCCGAGUGGGGCUUCCUGCCCUCGCAUCUGGCCCUCGUGUUCGUUGACAACCACGACAACCAGCGCGGCCACGGUGCGGGCGGUUCCGACGUGCUCACGCACAAGGUCCCGAAGAACUACAAGAUGGCGAACGCGUUCAUGCUGGCCCAUCCGUUCGGUAUUCCGCGCAUCAUGAGCUCGUUCUUCUUCAACGAUGGUGACCAGGGACCGCCGUCCGACGGCGACGGCAACCUGAGCUCGCCGACCUUCAACGCGGACGGCUCGUGCGGCGGUGGCUGGGCUUGCGAGCACCGGUGGCGCCAGAUCUACAACAUGGUCGGGUUCCGCAAUGCCGUCGCCGGCACCUCGCUGAACGACUGGUGGGACAACGGUGGCAACCAGAUUGCGUUCUGCCGCGGCGGCCGCGGCUUCGUCGCCUUCAACCUGGAGGGCUACGAUCUGAACCAGAGCCUGCAGACGUGCCUGCCGGCCGGCACGUACUGCGAUGUGAUUUCGGGCAGCAAGUCGGGCAGCAGCUGCACCGGCGCUAGCGUCACCGUUGGUGGUGACGGUCGCGCUAACAUCUUCAUCUCCGCCAACGCGGACGACGGUGUGCUGGCCAUCCACGCGAACUCCCGACUGUAAACAUCGACACCUUCGUGAUGCGUACGCGAGACGCACUCCACUAAGCAUCCUUUUUGAAAAGUGUACAAAUUUUGAAAUAAAAUCUAAUGCAAUAAAAAAAA